AUGGCCCUUCCGCUCCAGCAACCCGCGGACAGCGGCUUGAAGGAGCGCUUCUUCCGCUACUUCCAGCAUGAGGUGACGGAGCUCCAGGAGGAAAUCAACACGCUCGCCAACAAAGCAGUCACCGGCGGCGAGCGCGCAGACGGCGUCGAGCACUGCUUGGCCGGCAUAGCACGGCUGUCGCGCGAAGUCAAGGACGCCUCGAGCUACAUCCCGGCGUACGACCAGCGGACAUACUCUGAGGCCAUCAAAGCCCUCAACGACAAGCUCAACCAAACUCGCGCCUCCUUCGCGCCCCGCAGCAAGUUCUCCUUCAAGUCCACUCGGCAGUCUAGCGCCACAACCGCCGUCUCACACCACAAGAACUCGUCCGCCAUUUCGCUCGCCGACGUCGCCGAGCUCGCCUCGCAGCAACGCCUGAAACUUCCGGGAGCACACCAGCACGCCGGCGCCAAUGACCCCACCGCCAGCUCCGGAGACACCUCAACCGCGGAAUCCAGCGCCUUCGCGUCCCCCGCCGCCCCCGGCACCCCGGCCAACGAGAGCGCGGAAGAUGGCAGCAGCGGGCAGAACGGCGCGGGCGGCCUGGACGACCGUAGCGGCGGCGCCGCGGCGGGGCAGGACGGCUUCGUGAACCGGCACCUCAGCAGCGCGCAGCAGCAGGGCUCGCCGAUGCGCAAGCCGUCGUUCAGCGGCACGAGCAGCGUGGCCAUCGCGGGCCACACGGGCCUGCACAUCAUCCUGCCGCCGACGGCCUCGCACGCGACGUCGGCCGGCACCAUCGCGAACGUGCGCCGCUGCAUCGUCGACAUGAGCCAGCCCACGGCCGAGGCCAGCGGCGGCGCCCCCUUCGCCGGCCUGACGGUCAAGAACGUGCGCGACUCGCUGCUCGUGUGCGGCCGCGUCGCCGGCGCCAUCCACGUCACCGCCGUCGAGGGCAGCGUGCUGGUCGUCCGCGCGCGCCAGUUCCGCAUGCAUGAGUGCAAGAACGUGGACGUGUACCUGCGGUGCGACAGCAGGCCGAUCAUCGAGGACUGCGCUGGCAUCAGGUUCGCGCCGUUGCCGGAGACCUAUACUCACGAAGACUCCUCCGCGCAGCCCAACUUGUGGGAUCAGGUCGACGACUUCAAGUGGCUCAAGGCUGAGCACAGCCCUAACUGGAGUGUCCUUCCCCCCGAUACGCGCAUUUCGGAACACGUGUGGAAGGACCUGGUGCCCGGCAGCCCGGACAUGGGCUUGGAAGAGAUAUUUCAAGCUGUCAAGAUACAACCGAAGCAUUGA